AUGCUAAAGAUGCUCUCAUCUCUACACUUCGUAACACUUUUAUGUAUCAUUCUUAACGUUGUCAUUGGCAAGACAGUAAUAUCGGAUAGUCUUAGGAAUAGUCAUCCUGUUUGUCAAGGGACUCGAAGGAUCGGAACAAUACCAGCUAAAGGUGGAGCAAUGACCGUCACUCAGUUCGGUUCAUCUUACUUUAAAAGUGGUGGAGAUUGUUAUUGUUUACCUGUCUUGGGUGGGGGGGUCGCGGAUGCUGAUCUCGUUUGGCCUGUCCCAUAUCUUGAAGAUCCAGUACGACAUGCUAAGAACCAAAUUCCAAAAGAUGGUAAUGAGUUUCUUGAAAUGGACCGAAAGCUUAUGGAUAGCCAUGCCUACGUUGGGAGUGGGGACCCGGAAGCAAUGGCUAUAAAAUGA